UGUGAUCGCUUAUAAUAUAUUAAAUAUAGAACAAUCGGCAUGUAUAUGCCCAUACACCGCCUUCCCUUGUCGAUGUAAAUAAUUACUGGGUGAGGAUCUAACUGUACCAAAAGUCUAUCACAAAGAUGGAGGGACAUACCCCUUUCAAGGACAUAUUUGAGAUGUUGGAGGAGAGGACUGACGACAGUAUAGCUUGCAGAACCAGUGACCUCCACAAAGCUGCCACUCUCGGAGACAUUGACCUCCUAAAGCGUUGUAUCGAGGAAGAAAACGCAGACGUCAACUUACCUGAUGACGCAGGGAAUACACCACUGUGCAUGGCAACACAAAACAGUCAUGGCGCUGUCGUUGACAUCUUACUGCAACACGGGGCUGCAGUAAACGCUAUUGAAGAUGGCCCUUUGCUAAGAGUUAGAGACGUUUCCAUUGCUAAAACAUUGGUUCGAGCAGGUGGUGACCUCGAAAUCAGGGACGAGCAAGAAAACACUCCGCUUCAUAGUGCCGUAAUGCGAUCUGACCAAGACGUAAUAAACUACUUCAUUGAAAUCGGUGCCGAUUUAAAUGCACAGAACGUACAAGGAUUAUCUCCACUACAUGAAGCUUGUAAGCAUCAAACUGAUAACCUUAUUUGUGACGUGAUAGCAAGACUUCUUAAGGAUGGAGCGUUGGUGAAUAUGAAAGACAAGGCAGGGAAAACACCACUUCAUCACGCAUGCGAGUGCAGCGAUAUGUAUACAUCGAUCGCUAUCAUCGUUAAACAUGGAGGUAUGCUUGAUGACCAAGACCGAAAAGGAUAUUGCCCUGUGCAUUAUAUGAUCGAAACAUUUAUACCAACAGAUACGUUCACAGAGGAAGACUUUGUUGGCAAACUCGAUUGUUUGUUGACCAACUCUAAGACUAUGAAUCUUUCCACAGUAACUGGCCAAAGCGCACUUCAUAUUGCGACGUCUGAAGGUCUGUGUGUGGUAAUAAAACAUUUGGUGCAAAGGGGAUGUGAUGUUCGUUGCCAAGAUGGUCGAGGAAAAGGUCUUCUGCACGUUGCCUCAGGCAAGGAGUCAAGGAACAGCGUUAACACCAUACAGACUUUAAUAUCGUGUGGCUGUGAUGUUGACUGCUGUGAUUUUUGGGGCUGUACACCACUUCAUGAAGCUGUCGCUAAUGGGAAUCCUGAUAUUGCACAGGUUCUUGUCGAUAAUGCCGCUGACAUAGAAUCGCGGGAUUGCAAUGGAGCAUCAGUGUUACAUAUAGCAGCAGCUAACUGUUCCGACGCUGUUCCUUUUCUUCUUGGCAAAGGAGCGUCUGUGAACGCUACUGACAAAUACUUGUCAACGCCGCUGCAUUUCUCUGCUUGGGCCGAUUCCUGGUCUGCCACGCAGUCACUGAUUGACCACGGCGCCGAUCAGAAAAUGAAGGACGUGUUAGGCUGCAUCCCUCGUGACACAGCGGUGUUGAGAUGUGCAGAGGUAAUAAGCAUCCUUGAGAGUGGCGAUGAGAACAAAGGUUCUUCAAUCAAGACUUUUUCAGCAUACGCUAAUGAUUUGCUUAGUGCGGACGAGUUCAAUUGUCUGCUGGAGAAAGACGACAAAAUUGCCAGGUCCGUACAAGAUAUCGGCCAGUUUUGUGAUAGCGUUAUUCAAACGCCUGGUGUUGGUUGCGUGAUGUUUGAAGACGAAGCACGAGAUAUACAAAAUGCAGUAGAAGAGGUCGCACAACAUAUUUCGAAAAAGCUAGCCGAGUUGGACCCAAACUUCAAAGCAACAUUACUACGAGCAGGAAGCUCUUCCGAAGGAACGAAAACAAGAUAUCCCGACGAAUACGAUUUCAUGUUUUGUCUGGAAGAAUUUAGUGAAAAGACUUAUCCGACAUUUCAAGAGGAAGAUACACCCACAUUUGUCUCACAGUCUACAGCAGGUACAGACGCGACUGCUACCAUUGGUGAACGAUUGGGAAACAUUCCUCUAACAACAAUAACAGCAAACAUUGCCGAUUAUGUUAUGAUACACGUUAAAGAUGAGGUCAAUACUGGAACCGUCUUAGAUCUCACCGUAGGAGAUUCUAGGCAGAUCCCUUGUUAUCUCAUGUAUGAUGUCUUCAGUCAGUUGUUGAAAAAGAUCCUGCUUAGCUCCAGUUUCCCGAAACACCCGAAUCUUCUGAUACAGGAAGUAACCGUUGAACCUGCGCUGUCCUUGCAAUGGCGAGGUAGCCGUUACAAGAUAUUGGAUAUCAACGUUGAUCUUGUUCCUGCCAUCCGGCUCCCUUGCUGGCCAGAGCAAAUUCGACGGGAUUAUAAACUUGUGACGCCGGACAUUCUUAUGAUUCCUGGUAUGGCUGUAUCCAAGACACCAACAAAUGCAUCUGAGGAGCUCUGGCGUUCUUCCAUGUCAUUACAGGAAACUGCAAUAUUUCGGAAGUUAAAGCCACGUGUCAGGAACAGCUACACCACUGCAAAGUCUUUGCUCAACUCUUCAGUGGUGUGCCCUUUAGGCAGUGUUGAGGAAACGGAGGACACAGCGUUAUUAAGACAAUCACCUUACGUGACAACAUUGUCCGACUCCGAGGAAGUCACGUUCAUUGCUACGGCAGGUGAUGUGGUGCCGUCCUAUUAUCUCAAAAUGAUGUUCCUGUUUGCCCUAGAGGACAAGGUGGAACGAGAAGGACUGGAAAGUGUCUACGAUACCGAUACUCUGAAUGAAAAGGCACAACAUGUCUUUCAUGGAAAGAACGAAGCAAAUUCUGAAAGAGCAGUACGUGAUGUUGAUCCUGAAUCUCCCAGUCCCCCUAUCAAACGCAAGAGACUAGGAUAUGUAUAUGGACCGGCUGAAGAGCGAAACGUACAGACGAUCGAAAGGGAUAUAGAUAUUGACUUGAUCCGAGAUAUAUAUCGCAGAUGUGAGGCAUGUCUGUUGGAAGAUAAAAUCCCAUCGUUCUUCAAUCCGAAACAGGACGUGAUCGGAUCCAAAAGAGAAACAUAUGGUGUUGAAAUGGCCCUUAAUUACGUAAGAUUUAUCAAUGCAUUAUUAGAUGAUUAAGGCAGACAGUAUUAUGGAUGAUUACGUAAGAAACUAUACAGCACAGUGAACGCUAUGCUCAAUUUAUGGUAGCGUCGUCAUGGUAAUAAUGUAGCAUGGUCAUAUUAUUAGCUUAAUGUACAGGGAG